CUCCUGCUCGUGCACCUUAAAAAUGUCGGGACCGCGCAUAUAUGCGCGUUCCCGUGGGUCCAGUGUGUGAGCGACACACGAUUCAUCAUCACAGUCCAUUCAAUUUGUACUCAGCCGCUGACCAACUCAGACACAACCAUGGCCUCCGGUGUGAAAGUCACAGAUGAAGUUAUUGCAGUCUUCAACGACAUGAAGGUGCGUAAGGCUAUGGAAAGAGAGGAUGAGAAGAGGAAGAGGAAGAAGGCCAUUCUGUUCUGUCUGAGCAAGGACCUCAAGAACAUCGUUUUGGAUGACGGCAAAGAAAUCCUGCUGGGUGACUUGGGAACCACUGUCCAGGACCCGUACCAGCACUUUGUCAAGAUGCUUCCCCCAGAUGACUGCCGGUACGCCCUGUAUGACGCCACCUACGAGACCAAAGAAACAAAGAAAGAGGACCUGGUCUUUAUCUUCUGGGCUCCAGAUAGUGCUCCCUUGAAGAGCAAGAUGAUCUAUGCCAGCUCAAAAGACGCCAUUAAGAGGAAAUUUGAAGGUAUUAAGCAUGAGUGGCAGGUGAACGGUUUGGAAGACCUCAAAGACCGGCAUACCCUUGCUGAGAAGCUUGGUGGCUCAUCAGUAAUCAGCCUGGAAGGAUCCCCUAUAUAAAUAUUGCCCCCCUUCCUCUCCGGCUUCAAUCGAGGCCUUUCAGACACAUCUGUUGGGUUUAGCUGUUCAUUCCAGUGUGGUCUGGAGAAGGGCAAAAGCAGAACCAGCACUGUUUGCGGGACUUUUGGGGAGGGAUAUUGUGGGUGGGUUUGGGGUGGGGUGACAGUUAAAAAAGACAAACAAAAAUCCACAAAUGCAGACUGUCAUUCCAGUUCAAGCAACAUAAAGUAUGAAACACACACACAAAGAUAAACAUAAAGAUACAACUGAGGAUGGGAAAUGAUGAUGCUAAAAAUUAAAAACAAAUAUUGGUCAUGUUUUAGGACAGGGUUUUAUUUUUCCCGGGUUCCAUUUCAACCACAGAGAAAGGGACAGGAAACAAUCCUUUAUUAUUCCAACCAUUGAAUCCUGAAAAAUUGUUCCAACUACAUUUUGUUUGCCAAACUUCUAGUUAAGUUUUGUAAGUGUGUGUAGUUGAGAUUAGGUGUAGUAUGAACUAAUUCACUCUUGAUUGCACAAAAACGCAUUGAAACCUUCUCUGGGGAACACGGUUAAAUAUCUAUAUAAAAUAUAUUUUCUUUUUAUUAUUAUAAUUUUUUUUUUUUUUUUUUUUGUUGAACAUGCAAAUUCCAAAACUUGAGUGAUUCCUCUUUAUUUUCAGUUCUGAGUCAAAACAAAUGGCAUUGAUGUAGUAAACGCAUACAUUCCUUGUACUUGUUAAAACCAGGAUCUCCUCAAUAAAAACUUUGGUGUUAUGAAGGUCUGAUGGGGAGUGAUGUGUAAAUGAAGGACCAGCGGUUAGAGUUUAGACUGAAUAUUGAAUGGUGGAUGUUUUGUAUCUUCUCCUUAUCUCUAAUAAAAAGCACUAAACUACUGACUA